UUAUGGAUUUUUCAUUAAUAAUUAUUUAUCAUUCAGUGUUUUAUGGAUUUGUGCAUUGCGGAUUCUUGAAUUUAACAGUUAUUGUAAUCACAAUUCAGAAUAUCAGCUGACAAUAAACACAUAUACAGAACACAUUGUAUUUCUGAAUAAUUAUAGGUUUCAUAGAAAGAAAAUGACAGUGGUCACACACAUAUUACAUUAUAAUUAUGAAAUCAUGAAGUUCAUAUGUUUAGAUCAGCUGUAGAUAUUUCUAAUUUGCAAGCCUAUUGUAAGUGGCUAAAAAUUGGUAGACUAUUUACAUGCAUUUGUGUUGUGAAUUUGGGAAAGUAGCUCUUCAGUCUUCAGUUAGAAAUGUUCCUCUUCACAAGUAUUGGUCAGAAUAAAAGCAGGUAGAGAUUGAUGGCUAUCAUUACUCUCUGAUUAUUGUUAAUUUUUCGAGUUUAGAAAUUUCAAUUGAUACUUAUUACCAUGAUACUUUAACACCUUCUAAUCUAAAUACCUGUACAGGUACACUGAGUGUUUGUGCUCUUUUCAUAUGCAAUUGUGCACAUAUGUAGAGUAAACGCCGUAAAUCUGCAGUGCACAAGAGGGGUAGUGGAAGUAAAAAAAAAGUGGCAAGACAUGCAGUCUGCCGUCAAGAAGAAGGAAGCUCAACGGAGGAAAAACUUGACGCAAACUGGAGGAGGGCCUUCACAGCUCCCCAUGUUGAAGCCUUGGGAGGAGAAAAUAUUGCAGUUGAUUCCUCAGUCAGCCAUAUCUGGAAUUGAGGAUGGGGUGGACACCAGUGAAGUCAGGUCUUCCCCACAGAUGUCCCAAAAACCAAGUUGCCUUGAGAUACAGCCAUUUAUUGUCACUGAGGUUCCAGCUGAAGAACUUGAAAAUCUAGACACUAAUAGUGAUGUGCCAGUUGUCUCUCAAUCUGAAGAAGAAUCUUCUUUGUCAGAACCGUCUACUUCUAAAGGAAAACGGAAAGCUCAGACAUUUAAUGAGUACAGCUACGGAUCUCGGCGCCUCAUUGAAAUUGAGGAGGAGAAGCUUUCAAUCAAAAAGCAGAGACUGGAAAUUGAAAAAGAGAGGCUCGAGAUUUUGAAGAACUUUUAUGCUUUGUUUUCUUCUUCAAAUGUUCAAUCUGUUUGUAAUCUUUUGUCUGAGUUUUAAUUAGUAAUUUCAUUUAUACUUGCUUGAAACUUCCACCCUCUGUGAGACCAAUGUUUUUUUAUACCUCCGCUCCAAAGGAGAAGGGGUUAUACUGUUUUACCCUUGUGUGUCUGUCUGUCUCAUGACUGUCCUUUUGUUCAUCUGUCUGUCAGUAACGGUAAUUUCUGUCACAGUUUUUCAGCAACUAUUCAUCACAGAUGCUUGAAAUUGUAUCACACUAUUUGUUUAGGCAUGCCAGAAGUUAGGAUUUAUUUUUGUACCAAUCAGCUUUCUGUCAACUUUGCUCAUUUUGCAUAUUCACAUCAGAGCGGGGUAUUACUAGUGAAAAUUAAGCUCACAGAUAUCUUGUUCUGCCUUUUCUGACCAUUAUUACAAUUACAAUUACUUGUAUGGAAGCAGCAUUUUUAAUUUGCUGGUUAUAUUAAAUUUUAUUAUAAUUAUCCACCAUAUGGACUACAAUAUUUUUGUUUAUAUUUUAAAGAAUGUGAAAACAUUAAGUACAUGAAUGAAUUGUCUUGGAAAAUAGACUUUAUCAUUUUUAAAUUUAUCAAAUAACAAAUAAACACAUGCUAAAUUUCAAGGGACUCAAUAUAUUUCAUAAAUGUAUUUUAAGAGUACCAUCUGAAGACAACUUUAACAAUAAUACAUGCAUAUAAAAUGUAAAUUAAAAAGUACAGUAAGUCAUACUCUGGCAUUAUCUUGAUGUGUUGAACAGUAUUAAUUUUUUGAUUUACAAAAAAAAAAAAUUGAAAAUGACACUGUGGAUUAACAAAAAAAUGUUUCUUUGUAUGUGUUCCAGUUAGAUGGAGAAUUCAAAAAUGGAAUAUUACAAUUCUACAGUAAGAUGGCAGCUUUAAAUGAUAUCUCUCUUUAAAAAUAUCAAAUAAAACAAAUCUAAAACAAUAACCAAAUCGUUUACCAUAAUUGAGUUGACAAUGUAGAACAUGAUUUUUUAGAUAACAAAUUGGAAAACAUCAAUCUUAGAACACAUUUAACGUACUAACUUUUGUACAAUUCAAAGAUAAUGACCUGUAAGCAGAAAAAAAAUUAUCACUUAUUUAAAUAAUUAAAAUAUCAAACUACAUUUAACAGGGUGUUGCACAUUACUUAUCAAAGAUUACUAACUAUUGGACAGGCAAAUAUAUCAAAUAAACAGACAAUUCCACUAAAUAAU